AUGGGCACUAGGAACACUGCUUCAUGCUCCUGGAGCGUGCAGAGACACAACCAACUCCACGCCCAGGAAGCUGCAUGGCUCCGCCAGCAAGUCGAGCAGAUGGAACGGCAAGGCGGCAAUCAUGCGAGACGACUCCUUGUUGCGACACACCAUGCGCCCUGCACCGAGGGCACGUCUCGGCCAGAGCACUCCAGAAAUCCCUGGACGUCUGCGUUUGUGACUGACGUGUUGGAUCACGGAGAUUGGACAGGUGUUAAGACGUGGGUGUUGGGCCACACGCAUUGUUCGGUGGAUUUCGUAAAGAACGACAUCAGGCUUGUCGCCAAUCAGCGGGGUUACGUGCUACCAAGCAGCAUGGUGGUCCAGGGGAACCGGGGCAGCUCGGCCAAGACGGCGACUAAUGAAUUUGAUGAUUCAUUCACAAUCAAGAUGUAG